CGAGAAGGCAAAAAUGAGGACGUGGAAAGUGUGCCAAUCAUGAAUAAUAAAGUUCUCAUGUUUCUCAGAUUUUAAAAUACAGUAGUGGUACUUAUUAGAAACAAGAGAAGCUUUUGAGAAGAACUGAAAAUCAUAUCCAAUAUUCAGACUGAUGUGAAUCUAUUAAAGCAGAAAAGCAUAGUGAUUUCCAUGCAAUAUUUAUAUAUAUCCAACAGUUCCUAAGAUUCAAUGAUGUCAUUGACUAUAAAGCUAUCUGAACAUGCUGAAAAAGAUAUCUGUGCCUUAUCGAAUAAUGAACAUAAACAAAUCAGGUUCUUAACCUGAAAAAUAAAAAAAACAUAUCCUGAAUGAAAGCAUUGACUAACAAAGCAUGUUAGUAAGACAGUGACAGGCAGAAUCUCAUCAGUUUAAAGCAAAAACCAAAUAAUCCAAUUUCAUUAUAUAUAUGAAAGUAAGAAAUACAGACAAUCAUCUCCUGGUUGAAUCCUAACCAGACGUUUAAGAAAACAUCUUAUGAUGGAAUUUAGUCUCCAAGGAGAUAUUGUAGAGAACAAUGACAAUAGAUCAUUUGACGAGAUUAAAGUCGAAGGUGAAAUUUUGACUUGGGACACCCUCUGGUUUGAAGUUUGUAGUUCUGGGGAGCAAAAUGAAGAUAACAAGGAGACUGUGAACACUUGCUCUGAAACAGCCAGCUCUGGUCAACUUAUCUGUAGUACAGAAAUAAACAAUGAUGAUGCAAGUGGCAGCUUCCUAAAUAAAAAUGACGAUCAAAACAUUGGAAGUAAAAGCAAUGAAGUCUUUGCAGUGACAACUAAAAGUGCAUUUACUGAAAUACCAGAACAUGCAAAUGAUGUUGUUACUGCAGAGGUCAAAAGAAGAACUUGUACUGUCAGGGAUGAAUCAACAGGGUCACAACUUACGAACAAAGGCUGUGCUACUUAUCAAGACUCAUUAGAAAAUGAUGAUACGAGUGCCAGUGUCCUUAAUAAAAAUGAGGAUCAAAACAUUAGAAGUAAAGGCAAUGAUGUCGGUGCCACCACCUCCAAAAGUGCAAAACCAGAACAUGCAAAAGAUGAUGCUACUGCAGAGGUUCAAAGGAGAACUAGAAGUGUCAGAGAUGAUGCAGCAUGGUCACCACUUAAUAACAAAGGUUGUUCUACUAAUCAAGACACAUCAAGCAGAACAAGUAAACAAACUGAUAUUACAGAAAACCAGAUAAUUCCAAACAAAGAAAGUAAGAAAAAUAAAAAGGUCAGUGUAUCAGAUAAGGAAGCACAAUGUAAAACUUCUGAAGCAAGCAUCAAGUGCAUACAAAAUGUAAAUAAACCUGAUAUUAAAUCGACACGUAAGAGUGAAAGGGGCAAUGUAGAGAAACUGUUUGAUAGUACAGAAUGGGACACAAGCACUUCUCGUGUUAAGAAAAAAACUCAAAUUAUUGAAAAACUAACAAUUACAAAUAAGAGUGAACAUAUAGAAAAAAGAAAUAAAGAAAACCAGAAAGAUACAAGUCAGGAUUGGCCUUGUAAUGAAUUGCCUGACUCUCAAAUCGUAAUAACAGACAACACUCUUCAUGAUUUAUUAGGUGAGAUUGAAACAAAUAUACCAUAUCAGUUGAAUGAAGAUCAGUUCAAUAAAAAGCAGUCUACAACAAGUAAUAGUGAACAUUUAGAAGAUGCUCAAAUACAGAAAACAUUCAGAUUGAGUGAUGAUCAGUUUAAUGAUUUGAACUCUGUUACAACAAAUAACAAUGAAAGUGGCCAAUCAGAUGACCAUGAUGGUUCUGAAAACUUUAGACCAAGCGUAUUUAAUAGUGGAUCUGAUAGUCAGCAAGUUGAGACAUCAUAUGACGGUAAUGAUCGAAUUUGUCAAUCUGCUAGAUCUCUAUAUGGUAGGAAAGAUAGUGCAAAGAUCAUAAAUGUAACCCCACAAAUCAAAGAGUGUUUUGUUGUUCUAAAAGAGAAUCAAUAUGGUAGGACAGCUAGUGCAAAGAAAAUUGAUAUAAACCUACAAAUCAACGAAUGUAAUUUUGUUCUGAAAGACACUCAAUUUGGUAGAACAGAUAGUGCAAAAACUAUCAAUGUAAACCCACAAAUCAAAGAAUGUUAUGUUGUUCUAAAAGACAUUCGAAAGGGAAAUGAAUUAAAAGAGAACACAGCAAACAAUCAAUCAACUGCAUUAACAAAUAGAAGAGUAGUUAAUGCUUGUAAUGAUUUGAAUGGAGAUCAGGAAAAUCGUAAUAGUUUAAGAACAAAUGACAAAGAAACAAAAGAAGACAAAGUUAACAAAGGCAUGAAAUCUUUCAGUUCCAGACUUGAGGUAAAUAACCAGAAACAGAAAGGAAACAUUUGCAAAGGACAAAAAUUAAACAAACUAAGAAAUCAAAAGUUUCGUUUCCCAUGUGGAAAAGAAUUUAAAUAUUCAUGUAAUGUAUGUUACAAAAAGUUCACCAAGUCACGACAUUUAAGAAAGCACACCCGAACUCACACUAGAGUCAUUACAAAAACACAAAAUCUGAAAACUACACAUUGGUGCUUCCCAUGUGGCAAAGAGUUUGAAUCUAUGAGUAAGCUAAAAAAGCAUCAGAAAAAACAUACAGAUGACAGACCAUAUUCAUGUAAUGUAUGUUGCAAAUCGUUCAAGUAUUCAAGUCAUUUAAAACGGCACACCCAAAUUCACAAUACAGUGAGAACAACAAUACAAAAGCAGAAAACUACCCAUUGGUGCUUCCCUUGCGGCAAAGAGUAUAAACGUAUGAGUGUGCUAAAAAAUCAUCAGAAAAUGCAUUCAGAUGUAAGACCUUAUUCAUGUAAUGUUUGUUGCAAAAAAUUCAAGAAUUCAAGUCAUUUAAAACAGCACACGCCAAUUCACACUAGAGUCAGAACAAAAAUACAAAAGCAGAAAACUACCCAUUGGUGCUUCCCUUGUGGCAAAGAGUAUAAACGUAUGAGUGUACUAAAAAAUCAUCAGAAAAUGCAUUCAGAUGAAAGACCUUAUUCAUGUUGCCUAUGUUCUAAAAAAUUUAAGAGGAUGUCACAUUUAAGAAUGCACAGACGAAUUCACACAGGGGAAACACCAUAUACAUGUGAAUUCUGUGAUAAAAAAUUCAAAUAUCAAAGCUCUUUGUGGCUUCAUAUACCAAUCCAUAAAGAUAUCACGGAGAGAAAACCUUUUCUUUGUUCCUUUUGUGGAAAAUAUUUUUGUCGAAAGUCUAAUUUUCAAAUUCACGAGUUGUCACAUCAAACAGAAAGAAGACAGUCAAGAAAAGAUUGUCAAGAUUCUGGUAAAAAUGUAGAUGCGAUCAGGAUGAAUUAUCAGUCCAUUGACAGCCAAUCUGAAUUUAGUGACACAAAUGUUUUAGAAGAAAAUUUUAAAUGCUCAGAGUGUUAUGCUAUGUUUGAAGAUAAGGACACUUUAAAACUUCAUGAACAGACACAUGUGUGUCUAACAUGUUUAAAGACUUUAAAUUGUGUUUUUUGUGCUGAAGAAUUUAUUCUUGAAAAACAUUUGAUAAAGCAUUUAUAUAUCCAUAUUAGAGAGAACUAUUAUCACAACAAUGCUUCAAAAAAAGAUGAACAAAAGAACAACACUUAUAAGAAAAGAGAAAGGGAACAAAACAAUGGUGGCAUUAAUAUAUUUGAGGUUAACAGUAAUAAGAAAUAUUUUCUGAAUUCAAAUGAGAAAUAUACCUGCUGCCAAUGUGACGAACAAUUUUGUUCCCUAGCCUUAUUGAAAACACAUGAGUUAACACAUUCCAUGUCAACACCUUCAAAAUCAUAUUCAAAUAAAUGGAAAUUUAAUUGUUCUGAAUGUAAUGCUGGCUUUAAUCGCAUGAGCAAAUUGAAAAUACAUGAGAGCAGUCAUGCAGGAGUUAAAAUUCAAAAUUGUGAUCUUUGUGGACAAAAUUUUCGAAAUAAAUAUAGUUUAAAGAUCCAUAAUCAGAUACACACUGGCGAGAAUUAUUUUAACUGUGACCAGUGUGACAGAAUUUAUAAGGAAGCAAGUAAACUGCGGGCCCAUAGACAGAAUGACCAUGCAGGUGAAAAAACAUUUAGGUGUUCUGUUUGUUUUAAAAGAUUUCGUGAAAAAAGUUCACUCAAUAAACACAUGAAACAUGCCUGUUCUCAAACAAAAGUUUCAAAUGGUAUCCAGUGUAAUAAAGAUCUCCAGUUUGAAUCUGAAAAUAGUAAGAAACAGUUACCAUUCAGUAGCAAUGUUUGGAUGAACAAAGAAGCAGUGCCUGAAAAAAUUGAAAGGUUUGUUUGUUUACAUUGUGGAACUGGAUUUCAUUACAUGGCUCAAUAUAAGAAACAUCUUUUAAUACACUCAGAUAUCAAACCUUUCUCUUGUGAUGUAUGUGAUAAAUCAUUCAGUCGUAAAAGAUAUUUGAAGAUUCACAAGCGCAUACACACUGGGGAGAAACCGUACAUGUGUAAAUUUUGUGAGAACACAUUUUCUUCCACAACUUCAUUACUUUGUCACAGAAGAACCCAUACUGGGGAAAAACCGUAUUUAUGUUAUGUGUGUGGUUUGCAAUUUGCUACAGCACAUGGCUUGAAUCAACAUCUGUUGAUGCACCAGGAUAUCAAAUUACACAAGUGCCGUAUAUGUUACAAAGCAUUUAAGAGACUGGAGAAUUUAGAAAGUCACAAAGAAACUCACAAACAAGGAGAUAAAUUUAAGUGUGAAGCAUGCAGAAAAGAAUUUAAGAAUAUAGGUGGUUUAAAAUCUCACAGAAUUUAUGUUCAUUCAGGGAACAAGCCAUUUUCGUGUUGGAUAUGUCAGAAAAGAUUUGUGAAAAGUCAAGGGUUAAAAAAGCACAUAUGUAUUCAUACUGGUGAAAAGCCUUAUGAAUGCAAUGUAUGCCAAAAAAGGUUUCGUUUACAAAAAUCACUAAGAGAUCAUCUACGUGUGCACUCCGGAGAAAAGCCAUACACGUGUGGCAUAUGUGGAAAAGGAUUUAGCCAAUCAGCAAGUUGUACAGCACACCAAAAAACACACACUUCAUAUAAACAAUAUGUGUGUGAACAGUGUGGAAAGGAAUUUACUUUUAAAUGUAAUUACGAAAAACACAUGAUAACACAUACAAAUGAAAGGCCGUAUAGCUGUAAAGUUUGUAAUAAAGGGUUUACUCAAAGCAGCAGUUUGAAUACACAUUACAGAUUACACGAGAACGAAUCGAAUUCAAAAAAGCAUGAAGAGAAAGAACUCUCAGCUGAAUCCCAAAAAACAAAGCUUGCUCAUGGAAAAGUAAAAGAAAUAUAUCAAAGAUCAACGAGUUCGAUAAAUUCAUUGUCUUCAUCAGGGACAAGCGAAGGGAUGAUGUCAACACAAAAAUGUGUCAAAGAGAAAGGAGUUGUUGCAAAAGCAUCGAAUUUUAAAACAGCACCAAAACAAGCAACAAGAUCUGAAGGACCUUAUCCGUGUUCUACGUGUGGAAAAGUGUUUACUCAAAAGUAUAGUUUAAACUGGCAUCAGCAGACGCACUACGAAAAGAAACAAUUUAAGUGUGAUGUUUGUGGAAAAGAAUUUAAUUUUAAAGGCAAUCUAAAAACACAUCUUCGUGUCCAUACCAAUGAAAAACCAUACAAAUGCCAUGAGUGUGGUAAAGGGUUCAGCCAGACCUCUAGUCUACAUACACAUAGUCGUUUACAUGACAAGUCAGCAGCAUGACCUUUAAAAAAUUGACAUUACUGCUUUAAUUAUGUAAGAACUAUGUAAUUAAAUGAUUAUGAAUAAGAGAAUUUUUUUAAUUAAUCUUAAAUACAAUAGGCCCAUAGACUAAGUGAAGUUUUGAUAACAUAUUUUACGUUACAUUAUGAUAUGAAACUAGGAACGAAUUAAAAUUUAACACAGAGAA